GAACACGGCGGAGUGUGGCUGACACCAGGUGAUACAGUUGUCACUACAUGCCAACGGUCGUUCCGGGACAAUAGUUAUUCGUUGAUGUUCUUCAGAUACCAUUACCACGACAGAAGAGGACGGGGAACAAAACUACAAACUCUAAUACCAUCGUCGGUGUGGGUUGGAUCCAUACACUGAGAACUUCUGUUGUUUGUUCUCUAUCCAAAUACCUGAUGUUGCGUUUGGGCGUGCUGCUCUCACUUUUGGUGUCCAUCAGCUGUUCGCGGAUCGAUCUCGACCAGGACUGGGAACGCUUUAAGUCGCAACACCAGAAAGCGUACAUCAGUGACGUGGACGCCGCCAAUAGACGAGCCUUAUGGGAAGACAACGUUGGAGUGAUAGAAAGCCACAACCUGGAGGCGGACCUGGGGCAGCACACCUACAGACUCGGACAAAACAGAUAUACUGACAUGUCUCACGAGGAGUUUCUACAACUGAUGACCGGUUAUAAGCAGUUGGGAACUCGAGACGAUCCGUCGCCGCUUGUCCUGAAUGUAAGCUCCGCGGAUCUACCGGACACAGUGGACUGGCGGAAAGAUGGAUACGUCACGGAUGUCAAGGAUCAGGGUGCGUGUGGGUCGUGCUGGGCGUUCUCUGCCGCCUGUUCUCUAGAAGGACAGCACUACCGGAAGACAGGGCGACUCGUGUCCCUAUCGGAACAGAACCUUGUGGACUGUGCACGGAAUGGUAAUUACGGAUGUGAAGGAGGAUACAUGGAGUUGGCAUUCGAUUACAUUCGUCAAAAUAAAGGCAUAGACACAGAGGAGUCCUACCCGUACGUAGCCAAGCAAAAAGAUUGCAACUUCAGCCAGGAGAAUGUAGGCGCGACCGAUGCCGGCUUUGCUGUUGUCAUAUCCGAGUCUGAAGAUGCCCUUAAGAGUGCGGUGGCCUUAGAGGGACCCAUCUCUGUGGGUAUCGACGCCUCCUCAAGAUCCUUUAUGCUGUACAAGAGCGGCAUCUUCAGCUCCUCUAAAUGCAGCAGCACCAAACUCAACCAUGCUGUGACUGUGGUGGGCUACGGCGCACAGAAAAAACAAGAGUACUGGCUGCUUAAGAACAGCUGGAGCACCACUUGGGGCGAGGACGGAUAUGUGUUCAUGGCCCGUAACGAUGGCAACAUGUGUGGGAUUGCCACCGAGGGAAUCCUGCCUCUUGUGUAGAUACUGUGACGACAUCUGACGUCGUGAAACGGUGUUGUCAUGUAAUGUUUCAACUGACGGUCUCAUGUAUGUUAUGAAAUACUAUUC